AACCAACACCUAAAUUCCCCGUGAUUGCGUUACGCAACCACCUGAGACACCAUAAAUCUCUCUUGUAACGGAAGGUUCUUCGUUUUAUGAUAAAUGAGAACCGACCGAGACAGAAAUCCAGGUGCAACGGCCUCACGUGUACCUGGCCGACGAUUAUUAAUGCGAUACACAAUCGCGUAAGCGUAGAAUGAAAGCGACCUACUCGAUUAGAACUUUAAAUACAGCCUCAAAUAUACAACGAAGCUUGUCGUGUGUUUAUUCAUUUCGCGUACACUUUGAUGCACAUUUCUUCAACGACGGCUCUAUCGCUCAUCGUGGCUCACGCGACCGAUAUGAACAACCUCCACCAUUAACCCACAGUGCACUUUGCCAAAUUCGCGCUUCCGGUGACAGCGUGGAAAGCUGUCGAAAGGAUGCAUUAUAGAAAUUACCGCCAGACGUGGAAUAACAUUUAACAAUCCACAUAUAAUCUUCUUUUAUCAUUUCUCAACAUUUCUUCUUCACUGCAGUGAAGAAAGAAAUAUUGAAUACUAAUUUAUGUGAACUAAGUAUUGCUUCUACUACAGGUAUUUGGCUAGCUUUUCCCAGCUAUUCUAUAGACGUAUCGAGUGAAUCGUCACGCAGACCACGUUCAGUUCUCCCUAACAAACGGAACGGUGCAUAUUUGCAUUUUUUUGCUCUCUCGUGAGGAAUUGUAAUCUUGAUUGACCACUAUGUCGGUGGAUUUAUAUUAUGCACCAUUGAGUUCACCAUGUAGGGCAGUUCUAUUAACAGCUGAGGCUAUUGGAUUUUCCUUGAACUUGAAAGAGCUUGAUAUUUUUGCUGGUGAACAUCAAACGCCAGAAUAUGAAGAGUUGAAUCCACAAAAAACGGUGCCGUUUCUAUUGGAUGGCGAUUAUAAGCUGACCGAAAGUCGAGCUAUUAUGUCAUAUCUGGUCGAUCAAUAUGGUAAAAAUGAUAGACUAAAUCCCCACACACCUAAUGAACGAGCUUUGGUCAAUCAAAGACUACAUUUUGAUAUUGGAACUCUGUACAAAGCAGUAAAGUAUUAUUAUUACCCAGUUGUCUUCAGAAAAAUGGAUUACGAUCCAGAACAAUACAAAGAAUUGCAAAAUGCAUUCGAGGUCCUAGAUAAGUUAUUAGAAGGAAACGAUUAUGCAACAGGACGUAAUAUGACCAUCGCUGAUCUUGCUUUAGUUGCAACUGUAUCCACAGCAGAGACUUUCGAUUUUGAAGUUGGAAACUAUCCAAACGUUGCCAAAUGGUUGGAGAGGACCAAGUCGUCGGCGCCAGGAUAUCGAAAAGCCAAUGGCGAAGGUCUAAAGUUGAUGAGGAUGAUGUUUGAAGACCUGAAAGAGAAAUAAUUUGUUAGAAUAAAAUUACAAGCUGUGUCGUAAUAAAUUAAUAUUUAUUUAAUUUAAAAAAUCCAA